CGUGAUCCCAGUGAGGGAAGAUGGAGGAAUCCAAAAGGGGCAACGAGGCUCAGGACAAGCCAGAGGAGGAAAGAAGCAAACUCGACAAACCGCCAGAAUCUGGGAAUGAUGUUGCAAGAUCAGAGCAGAGAAAAGGUUCUACGAGCGCCCCGCCUGUUCCUCCUGGGCCAUCAGGACGGAGCAAGCAAGACCUGAAGGAGGCAUUAUCUAUGAAUAUCUUUCAACGAGCAAGGACGGAGAUCGCCAAGUCGAAACUCCAUCUGACGGCUGGAGCAACGAGGAUACACGGAAGGUUCUCCACGUACAACAGUCAGCGUCCGCAAGAGGUUGUAUCUCUGGCGGGGUUGAGUAUCAAACUUAUAACCUGCGGGAGCGACCAUGUUCUAGCUCUCGAUGCAAGUGGGAAGAUACGAAGUUGGGGCAGGGGGGAAUCCGGGCAGCUGGGUCAUGCAAGCUUCAGCCACUCGAGCACUCCUUCCAUCAUCGAUGAGCUCGCAAGUCAACGGGUGAAAGAGGUCGCUUGUGGAGUUGCGUUCAGUGCAGCCUUGAUGGAGGGAGGACAGCUGUACACAUGGGGUUGCAACAGGUACGGGCAGCUAGGUCAAGGCGAUAGAACCUCCUCUGCAAUACCUCGCAUGCUGCCAUCCAUGAACCACCGCCAUGUCCACUUGAUGGCAUGCGGUGCAGCCCAUAUCGUCGUGUUGACUACAUCAAGGGAUGUGUACACUUGGGGCAACAACAGCUACGGACAGCUGGGACAUGGAUUCCGCAAGAAACAUUGUCUACAGCCAAAGUCUGUUAGAGUUAUGAGCGGGCUGGACAUCAAGCAGAUCGUAGCAGGGGAGAACCAUUCGUGUGUGAUGACAUCUUUCGGAGACAUUUACACUUGGGGACGAGGAGAUUUUGGACAGUUGGGACAUGGGGACAUGGAGAGCAAGGACAUCCCAACUCUCUUGUCUCCUCUCGACCCAAAGACGCAAGCCUCACUCAUUGUUUCUGGUGCAGACUUCAUCAUGGCUAUGACAUACUCAGGAGCUGUGUAUUCGUGGGGUAGAAACUGUUUCGGCCAACUGGGGCAUGGGGUGGAUAUGCAUUAUUCAAAGAGCAAUCGGUUUCCUUCAGAUGUGAUAUCGCCGAAGAUUAUUUCCUUCUUCGCUGCCAGUGAAGAGCAUGACGCAAUCUCCCUCUCUUCGAUUUCCUGCGGGAGUCAUCAUGUCCUGGCAAUCACAGAGAAGAAAGACACGCUGUUUGCCUGGGGGCGCGGUGAACAUGGUCAGCUUGGUUUGGAUCCACGGGAUACAUCUUUUCGUCCAAUACCGCAGGAGGUGAAAAAGAUGAAAGGGAUGAUUGUCUUGGCGGCGGCAUGCAGCGAGAAUCACUCGGUAGUGGUAGCGACAAUGCCAGGAUCGGGGCCCAAAGGAGAUAUGAAGGUGUUUUCGUGGGGUAGAGGAUCGUUCGGUCAGCUCGGCUAUGGGAGUGGGAAAGUGCCAGUGAUGAAGGAGACUGUCCAAGAUAAUCAAGGGGCGAAGGGGCUGCUUUGGAAGAGAAGCACUGUGCGCCCGACAACUUCAUUGGGUUUCGCCGAUGCGACAAAGAAAGCUUCAUGGAAGUCCUCCACAGAUACUUCUUUCAAAGUCUUGCCCGCGGGCAAAUCUUCUACUCGUGUUCCUCAGAUGCUUGUUGAGCGUCCAGCAAGCUGUGAGCCAAGGCUGUCAUCGAUGUACAAACAGUCUGUCAACUCCAUGGAGAGCCUUUCAAGCUCAGCCAUGCUACAAUCUCAGCAUAGCCAAUGGGAGCCGACAUUGCAAUCACAGGACUCGUUCACCCGAAUAAGCAGCCUGAUAACAACGAUGGAUACGAGCAAACUCGCACAGAGAAUCAUGCUCUCGAGGAAGCGCGACAGGAAGCAGCCGAUCAAGGUGCAUCCCGAUGACCCGGAGCCCCUCAGCAUGGCCGAGUUACUGAGACUCGUCGAUGAAUACAAGGAAUCCUAUUGAAACAAUAAUGCCGCACAAGAGAUAUCGCGAGUUGUUGCAGAAUAAGAAUGCAUCAGUCUGUCGUGAUAUGUUCAGAAUGAUCUUGUUCCCCAUAACCUCGAGAUGAAAAGAUCAUCAAUCUCAAACCAAAAGGUUUAACUUCGUAGUCGAAGCAGAAAAAAGUAAAACAUGACG